AUUCUCCAUGGAUAAAAUACAUUUCAAAAGAAAUUGUAAACCUUCAACAGCAACAAGUUAUAUCAAAACUAUACAAAAAAUGGUGGGUGGAGAAAAGCAACACUGUUUGUGAAGACGACAACGCAGACGAUCAACAAACAAGCGCUCUUGGCGUUGGGAAUUUGGGAGGUGUAUUUCUUGUCCUCGCCGGUGGUUCCAUAUUCGCUCUGUUUGUCGCCAUAUUGGAAUUUUUAUGGAAGGCUGGAAAGACAGCUCGAAAACAAAAUGUAUCAUUUUUGACUGAAGUGAAAAAUGGAUUAUAUUUCAUCUUUGUGGAAUGCACAUCUUCGAGGAACAUGGGAGAAGAGAACAGCUCAGUUGAUGAAUGUGAAGUGAAUAAAAAUUCUCUACAAAAAACUCCUAAAAUCACAAACGGCAAUUUCUGUAAAGACGCUGCUGAUUGAUUGAAGUGUUAUGAACUUAAAGUUUUGCUUUAACGAACAGUUGAUUUACAUAGAUAUACUAAAACAAUAGAUAAAGGUGUAUAAAUAGUGUCACCAAAUCUACAGCGAUUUUAGUAAGAAAUGAAAACAUGGUAUUUUAAAGUGUUUAACUUUUCUUAACUAAUCACACCUAUAUCGGCCUAGCUCUUGUACCGACGAACAAAAUACAAAUGUAUAGUUUUCUUUAUUCUCAUAUAUCAUUUUGCAUGAAACAACUAUUAAUAUUUAAAUCCCAAUAGACUGAAACGCCUGUACACAUCAGUUUACGUCAUCGUGUGAAUCAUUCUAUGCAAACAUAUAAAAAAAUCAACUUAAUUAAAUAUGAAAAUAUAAAUAUAAAGAUACAAA